AUGUCCGACAUGACGCGAUCUACCUCGGCCGUCGAGGGCUUCAGCGUGUACCAGCCCGCGCUCGGCUCUCCUCUGCAGUUCCUGCCCGCUGUCGGCACCAAGGAGCUCGAGCAGCUUAUCGGCGCCUACCUUCCCGGUCCCGGAUCUGCCCAGGAGAAGCGAGCCACCAUCUCCAUGGACUUCUUCGAGCACUAUCGUUUGACAGGCGAGAACUUCAAGUACUACGCCGUCCUCACCCCUGCCGCCACCCCUGAGUCCGCCUACAAUGUCUCCCCUGUCAUGUCCGACCUGAGCUUCCACAGCUCUCCCUCCCAGGCGUCCACUCCCGCAGUGGCCCCAGCAGCGAAGAAGUCCCGUGCUGCCACUCAGAAGCCCGCCAAGGCCACUACUGACUUCUCUCACCUUCCCGGCAUGAAGAUCCUCACCGCUGACGGCCAGGACGUCACCAACUCCGUUUCCCGGGGCUGCAAGAGCAAGGAGCAGCGCGACCAUGCUCACCUCAUGCGCAUCCUCAAGGCCUGCGACGCAUGCAAGAAGAAGAAGAUCAAGUGCGAUCCUAGCCACAAGAAGCGACCCGCCUCUCAGGUCGAGUCCAAGGCUGAGGCUGCCAAACCGGCUAAGAAGUCAAGGAAGACUUCUUCUCCCUCCCCCAAGGAGCACUCGGCAGCCUUUACACCCGCUCCAGAAGCCUCAUUUCAAAUAGAUAGUCUCGGCCUCAGCAGCACUGAUUUCUCAGCUUCUUUUGAUGAGCCCUGGGACCAGUUCCUUACCUUCAACGACGAGCCUGUGAACGCCUCCAUCCCUGAGGACUUCUACGGCGCCGUCCCACAAGACUUCGACUUCUUCUUUGGCAUGGACAACUCCUUCUCGCCAUCCAUGUCGGGCUCUUCUGUCUCUUCUGCCCAGCCACUGACUCCAGUCAACUCUGGUGUCAUCCCACAGGCAAGCGACUUCACAUUCAACGAGGACAGCUCCCUGGUCUUCCUUCAGAACGCAGACAACGGCCAGGAGCCAACCCUGCCAUACCUCAACCCAGCCGGCCAAUUUGGCAGCAACUAUGUGGACUUCAACCUCUUCUCUCCUGCGUCUAGCUUCAUUGAUGAGGAGCCACAGUCACUGAAAUCGGCCCCUACUUCACAAGCUCAGUCACCAGCCAGCAUUGACGAGCAAUCAUCAUCAAGCACCGGCCUGGCCCGCGUACAGAAGUCGCGCUUUGUACAGUCCCACUCGGCUCUCCACCCUAGCGGAUCGGAGCAACGAGUUCCUGGUGGCCGACAACCACCAGGAUACUCCAGCGAGCUGGUCGGCUCACUGCCAUUCCACGCAGAUGACGCUGGACACAACACAGCCCGCUCUGUCAGCUCCGUGACGAGACUUGAGGGUCUUCAAACAAUACACAGUCAUCAACCACUGGGCAGCCAACAAGUACACGGUGCGGACCUAUCCGUCGGCUCUGGCCUCAACAGGCAGUCCUCCACGUCCCUUGCCUCGGCAUCGGUCCUUUCACAGGGAGUUGGUUCACGGGUACUCAGCCAGGGCACAACAAUUGGCGCUGGCAACGCCCACGUGAGCUCACAGACAGUUAGUCCAAAUGUACGGGAUCCACCCUCUCCCUUCUCCAUGACCGUUAUGCUGACCUCUGAAAAGGAACUCCAAUACCUGGACCCAGGACGGCGCCGUGCAGACCUAGCCGACACCGUUCAACGACUCCUGGCAUCGCCAGCCGUAACUGUCGCGUCAAGUGCAAGCAGCACAGGCAGCCUAAGCCCACAGUCACAGGGCUGUCCAAGCCCGUCCGUCAGCCCAAGCCAGGAUGGACUACUCGCCGGCCUGUCAUCACUCCGCCGUAUGCCACAGGGACUAAGGUCGUCGUCAAGCGGCAACGCCGCGGCCGUACGCAGCCAGGUUCCAGACGUCCGCGUCGACGGCCUGCGCCUAUCCGACCCGGGAACGCCACUGGCAUGCCAACAACGCGGACUUGGCUCCGUAACUGCCAACGCAGGACUGCCACUCCAAGGCCUGGUACUAAGCCAAGGACUGCCGCAGCCAGCACCUGCAUCCAAACCCGCGCGCUCGCCCUCGUCAGGGGACGGCGUCGCACCCCUCUCCUCGCCGGCGCGACAACUGCUGGUGGCAGGCACCUCGUCCUCGCAGGGUCUGUCGUCCCAGCUGGCCGUGUCCGGCCUUGUUUCCAUAGUGCUAUCACUGUUGAUGGUGGUGGUCGUGGUGACGACGUUGCAAAAACAGCAUCGAACACAACAACAUACACAAGCGCAAAACAUUCUCGCCUUCAUGCCAAGCAUGUCAUCCGUCUUCCUCGCCUUACUGUCGACGGUCGCCCCGGUCUCGACCUAUCCCUCGCGGAAGAGACCCAGCGGUGUCGUCGGCCAUGUCAGGAGCUUCCUCGGCCCUGUCGCCCGGGCGGUGCCCCUGCUGAGCGGCCGUUGCUGA